CCGGUCCCGCCCCUGGGGGCGGGGAGCAGUGGCCACCGGCUACGGAGUCUCUAUGCUACCCACUUCCGCAUUGACCCACCCAUCGCGAGACUUUGGCGGCGCAGCAAUGGCAAGACCAUGCCGCGACACUGCUCCGCCGCCGGCUGCUGCACACGGGAUACGCGCGAGACUCGCAACCGCGGCAUCUCCUUCCACAGACUUCCCAAGAAAGACAACCCCAGGCGCGGCUUGUGGCUGGCCAACUGUCAGCGGCUGGACCCCAGCGGCCAGGGCCUGUGGGACCCGGCCUCUGAGUACAUCUACUUCUGCUCCAAACACUUCGAGGAAAACUGCUUUGAGCUGGUGGGAAUCAGUGGGUAUCACAGGCUGAAGGAAGGGGCAGUCCCCACCAUAUUCGAGUCUUUCUCCAAGUUGCGUCGAACACCCAAGACCAAGGGGCAUGGUUUUCCACCUGGCCUGCCUGAUGUCAGCCGGCUCCGGCGAUGCAGGAAGCGCUGCUCUGAAAAUCAAGGACCUGCGACUCCAUUUUCUCCACCUCCUCCUGCCGAUAUCCUCUGCUUUCCUGUGGAAGAGGCCUCCGCACCUGCCACUCUGCCUGCAUCUCCAGCUGUGAGGCUGGACCCUGGCCUUACCAGCCCUUUCUCAGACCUUCUGGGCCCUCUAGGUGCUCAAGCAGAUGAGGCAGGCUGUAGCGCCCAGCCUUCACCAGAGCGGCACCCCUCCCCUCUUCAGCCAAGGCCCGUCUCGCCAUCUGCCUACAUGCUCCGGCUGCCCCCACCAGCUGGAGCCUACAUCCAGAGUGAGCACAGCUACCAAGUGGGGAGCGCCUUGCUCUGGAAGAGGAGAGCUGAGGCGGCUCUGGACGCUCUGGACAAGGCCCAGCGCCAGCUGCAGGCCUGCAAGCGGCGGGAGCAACGGCUUAGAUUGCGACUGACCAAACUGCAGCAGGAACGGGCACGGGAGAAGCGAGCACAGGCAGAUGCCCGGCAGACGCUGAAGGACCAUGUACAGGACUUUGCUAUGCAGCUGAGCAGCAGCAUGGCAUGAGGGAGGGACACACCAGGGCUGUGGCCUCUCUUCCUCAGAGGGACUUGAUUGGAGCUGCGUCCACCAGGCUGGCUAGAUACCACAAUAAAGU